AGAAGAACAAUUAAUAACGUAACGCUUUAUAUAUAUAUAAGAAUAAAAUAGUCAUUAGGUGAAAUAUGUAUCAUUAUCAUCAAAGGAGGAUUUUUCUACACCAACAAAACGAGUUGCUGAGAGCAGAAAACAGAGCUAUGAUUCAUGCUCUGACCUCUCCAUCGAUGUGUAGAUCUUGCGAUGGGCGCAUCAUUUCAACCGAAGAGAGGGAGCUGUGGUUGGAGAAUGCUCGUCUCCGUUCAGAGAUUUAUACAUUGACUUGUUUCAUAUGGAGAUUAAAUUUGUUCAGGAGCCUCUAUCCCGCAGCUGUUACAUCUUUGACUGAUUGGCCUUACGCAGUGGCGGUUAUGAUGUCACUUUCACUCAAAGAAGUUGUUUCUCUUGCGAGGCAAAGAACUCCGAUGUGGACAAGCAACGGGAGACUGAAUCUCGACGAAUACUACUCUAAAUACUUUCCUUGGUAUGCGAGAAACGCACCUGGGUUUGUACAUGAGGCAUCAAGAGCUUCUGCGUUUGUCCAAUGUGAUGCUUCAUCGCUUGUGGCAAAUCUUAUGAAUCAUGUCACUUGGAAAAAAAUCUUCCCGUCAAUCAUCGCAGAUGUGUCUAUGGAAUCACAACAACGAGGAUUGCAAAUGAUUAAUGUGGAUUUUAUGCCACAAAUCUCCCCUUUAAUUCCAACUCGAAAUGUGAAACUUAUUCGACGCUCGAGGCAUAUAGAGAAUGAUGCAUGGGUUAUCGCCGAUAUGUCUGUGUAUUUUGGCUCAUAUGCUCAACAUUCACGCCCCGAGUUUAUGAGAUUUCCUUCUGGAUAUCUUAUCCAACAUAUAGCCGAUGGUAUCUCCAAGGUAACCAUUCUUGACCAUUGGGUUUAUAAGGAAGAAGAAGUCAUAAACAUUUUCAAUUCAGAUUCAGAAUUUGGGGCACAUAGAUGGCUCGCUGCUCUCCAAAGGCAUUGCUACAACAAUGGCUCUAUUUCGAUUCCUUCUUUCGGUCACCAUAUUCAAAUAUUCGACCCGAUCUGUCAUACCAACUUGCUUAACCUAUCUUCAUUUAUGGUUAACGCAUUUUGUACUGGAGUUUGUGGGAUAACCGGACAGAGUUGGAAUCGCUUCAAUACAGUUGGAGGUUCGGUCAAUAACAUCAGAAUGUUCACGCGAGAAAGUCGAGACAUGAGUGGGAUGCCUUGCGUUUUGGUUAGCGCUACGGGUUUAGCUAGAAUGCAAGCUAGGCCGGAGGUAAUAUUUGGAUUAAUCAAACGUGCAGAAAAACAAGAGAUAUGGGAUUAUUUAGAGUCUGCUAGAGAUAUGAAAGAACUCAUUCGUAUCGGAAGAUAUCCUAACACAUGGAAUGAAGUCUCUGUUUUCAGCAUUGAGUGGAAUGGUUCUAAGGAGUGGUAUUUGAUUCAAGAAACAUACUACGAUGAAUCAGGAGCAAUGAUAAUCCAUGCUUGCUUAGAAGCGCCAUAUUUUGCAGCUGUAAUAAACGAUGGAGAUUUGUCUGGCAUCGAACAUUUACCGUGUGGAUUCACCAUAAUGCCACACGGAUCACAAGAAUGUUUCGUUUCGGCUGGAUGUCAUGUUAAGGCUGACCAAGCUAUGGUCACAAGUCCAAAUGAGCUGAGAUUGGUGUCGGCGGCGAGAGAUGGAGAUUUCGUGGAGGCGAAGAUGCUUCUCGAUUGCAAUCCUUGUCUUGCCAAGUAUUCUACUUUCGGUGGUCUUAAUUCUCCGUUGCAUUUCGCAGCUGCUAAAGGCCAUAACGAGAUCGUUGGAUUGUUGCUCGAGAACGGAGCUGAUGUGAAUUCCAGAAAUUAUUGUGGUCAGACGGCAUUGAUGCAAGCUUGUAGAUACGGACAUUGGGAAGUUGUGCAAACGCUUCUGCUUUUCCGAUGCAAUGUUACAAGAGCUGAUUAUUUAGCUGGAAGAACAGCGCUUCAUUUCGCUGCUGUGAAUGGUCACGCCAGAUGUAUUAGACUUGUCUUGGCAGAUUUUGUACCUAGUGAUAAACUUAACUCUCUUCCUGAGACUGGUGUGGUCACUGCAAAGAACAAAUCUGAGCAAAGUGCAUUGUCUAAAUUUGUGAAUAAGGCGGCUGACGGUGGAAUCACAGCUCUUCACAUGGCUGCCUUGAAUGGAUUAUUUGAUUGUGUGCAGCUUUUGCUUGAUCUUGAGGCCAAUGUUUCCGCUGUGACAUUUCAUUAUGGAACAUCAAUGGAUAUGAUUGGAGCCGGAAGCACGCCUUUGCACUACGCCGCUUGUGGUGGUAAUUUGAAGUGUUGUCAGAUUCUUCUUGCAAGAGGUGCAAGAAAAAUGACAUUGAACUGCAACGGGUGGCUACCUAUUGACAUAGCACGGAUGUGGAGUCGUCAUUGGUUAGAACCGUUGCUUUCGCCAAAUUCGGAUGUUGUCAUUCCAGCUUUUCCUCAUUCCAACUACUUAUCAUUGCCCCUUUUGAGUAUACUCAACAUCGCAAGAGAGUUUGGGUUGCAGUCUGCAACCAUCGGAGAUGAGGUCGAUAUCUGUGCGGUUUGCCUGGAAAGAACGUGCACUGUUGCUGCUGAAGGUUGUGAGCAUCAGCUAUGUGUCAGAUGUGCGUUAUACCUUUGCUCUUCGAGCAAUGUUCCCUCGUUGACAAUUGGCCCGCCCGGAUCAAUUCCUUGCCCUCUUUGCAGACAUGGAAUUGUGGCGUUUAAACGACUCCCGAGCUCCCUGACCAGAGAAAUGAAGUUACCUAUGUCACUUGGUUUCUGUGCGCCAUGUAUGCUUCACACGGGAGACACAACAGAUCAAUCAUCACCGACAUGCCCACCAACAGAACAACGUAGCAGCAAGACCCGGGCAGCCUCGGUUUCAUCUGAUAUGUUAUGUCCUGUAACAUGUAGCCCAUUCCCUUCAGUCAACAUUCCAAUGUGCACCUGCAACGAAGGGACAUGUCCAAACUUUGAGACACAUGGAACAGAGAGACAUAGUGAAGAACAUGACGAAUCUUCUCCUUCUCGAACAACAACUGAACAGGAGAAGAUAGAAGAAGGGCAAAGACUUGGGAAGACAACAACUUGCUCAAGUAUGUUCUGGGGAAGAAGAAGCUGUAGCAGAGAGAACCAAUGCAACUCCGAGAUCAAUGCUUGAUCACAAACAUUAUUUCUAUGUACAGAGAAAGAGAGAGAAUCUAUGUCUCCCAUCAUUUCUUACUUUUAAAAUGGGAUGAGCCACAACACAGAGUCUUCUUCUUAGGUUUGUUUUGACUUUGGAGAGGCUAAAGUUAUUAAUUAUGGUGGAAGAUUUGUAAUUAUCACCAUAAUGAUGGGGUCAUUUUGCAAACU